AUGACGCUGCUGGGGAGGAGGAAGUCGAGCGACAGUGGGCCGGCCAGUCCCAAGCGGAAGAUCCACGAGUCGAAAACCGAGUAUGGAAGAGAUCCGGCCAAAGCAAUGGACCACCUGCGGCAGUUUCUGAUAUCUGCCGCAGGUUCGGUGCUGCGGGCCUGGGUCGAGUUCUUGGAUGAAAACAACGAUCAGAGGAUCUCGAAGAUGGAGUUCAGCCAAGGCAUGCGGAAGUUAGGCUACACCGGCGAUGUUUUCCGGCUUUUCUCCGUCCUGGACGGCGAUGAGUCGGCUGAGUUGACUCUCGAUGAAAUUGACAUGAAGCAGGCGACAUUGUGGAGAAAUUUCCGCAUGUUCGCUGUGGCUGCUUUCAAAAGUGCCGAGGAGUUGAUCCAGAAAUGUGCCGACUGGUCCGCAGACAUCACGCCGGAGAUGGCCAGCGUCCAGAAGGACAGGCCGAAGGCUUUUCACCUUACGCGUGAGGAGUUCUGCACAGGCAUUCGCAAGUGUGGCUGGAAGCACAGCGUUUCCGACCUCAACUGGGUUUAUGAUGCCCUCGAGGACAAGGAUGACAACCUCUUGAGGCCCAGCAGCCUCAGUUGGCUCGCGACCGAGUACGCGCGAAGGCAGAAGAAGCAAGAGGCCAAGAUCAGGUCGAAGAAGUGGCAGGUCCUCAGGAUGCGCCAAGAGGCAUCUCCACAGGAUAAGCAUCGCCAUUUCAAGACCUUCAAGGCCUUCCUUCGCAAGAAGCACGGCAACCUGAUCCGCGGCUGGCGCCAGGCCCUUUCCCAAACCGAUUCGAUGGUCCUCUCCAAGCUGCACUUCAUGAAGGCCGCAGCUCGGCUGGGCUUCGCGAAGGAGUCGAGAGACCUCUGGAAGUCGCUGGACAAGGAUGACAGCGGGUCAGCCUCCAUCGAUGAGCUUGAUCCAAGAAGCGCCGAAACUCUGGCGCACUUCAAGGCCUGGGUCAACUCUCAGUUCGGGGGGGUCCGGGAAGCCUUCAAAGCCAUCGACUCGGACCACACGCGCUUCAUCACCUGUGCGGAGUUCACCGCAGCUCUGCAACGAUUCGGGUUUCAGCGUCCGACGAAGCAGCUGUUCAGCCAUUUGGACAAAGACGGCAGUAACAAGAUUGUCAUGGAUGAUGUGCUCUUCUUGGACAGCUGGAAUCCCCUGCCCUUCUUGUUGGCGCCUCCGAACUUCAAGGCUAUGGCGGAAAUCAAGAAGUUGAUCUUGGUGCGGACCGGGCAGUACAUGAAAGCAUGGCGACGCCUCCUAGACAAGGAUGCAACGAACCGCUGCAACUGGUACGAGUUCAAAACCACUUGUCACGUGCUAGGCUACACCGGUGACAUUGCGGGAGCUUGGCGGGCCUUCGACGAUGACCUGUCUGGAUAUAUAUCUCUCCGCCAGAUAGACGAGGAAUCCGACAUGGUGUUGUCCAACUUCAGGCGCUGGUGCAUCGCCGAGUUCGGUUCGGUGAGGUCCGCGUUUGCCGUUUUCGACUCGGACUACUCGGGCAGCCUCAGCUUCCAGGAAUUUCGAGCUGCCUGCCGAGUGUAUGGCUACGACGGAUCCCCAAGGACUCUUUUCUCUGCCCUCGAUGUCGAUCAGCAGGGCACGCUGACCCUGAAAGAGGUCGUGUUUUUGGACGACUGGGAGAUUGAUGCUGAGGACGAGUUUGAAGACGGUCAUCGUACAGGACUUGCGGCAGCAUCGAAGGCGGGGCUGCAGACUGGAGCCCGAACCGCGAUCUCAAAGCUUACAGACGACCCGGUUCGAGCUCGCCGGGUGGCCAGGCGAAAAUACGAGCUGCGCCAACAAGCGGUUCCUGAAAUACCGCGGCUGCGCUUGUCCAGAAAAGGCGAUGGUGAGUACAGCUGGUCUUUUACCGAUCCUUGGCAGUCCGGGAGUGCGAGCGCGCGGGCUUGGAUGCCGUCACAAGACAGGUCUCUGUCGGUGAGAACAGUGAGGACAUCAAGACUGGGACAGGAUGAAGCCAAUCGCACGGACAUGAGCCAGGACUUGGUUUUGUCCGAACUCUCCAGUUCCUUCCUAGGGCCGACUCCGGCAGAUGAGUUGGCAGUUGCUUCCCUGGUGGAGACGGUGGGGCUGCCAAGCACUUCCAGAUCAAGUCCAGAAGGAUUCUCGCCCCGCGGGUUGUCGCCAGAGGCCCCAAGACCGCGCACACAGCCGAACCCGGUGGUUCCGCGGAUGUUGUCACGUUUGGAUGACUUGCUGGGGGCUGUUGCUGCUAAGCCUUCGCUGGAUGAACUUCUCUCCAACCCCAGAGUGGGACCGCCUUUGAAGGCUCCCCGGAAGGUUCCGGUCAGCAGAAUCGGAUCGUCUUAUUCGAAGUCAGUUGCUUACUACGCUUGA